AAUGGUGACUGGUUCAAGACGUGACAAUAAUACUUCAUAUUUUCAAAAAGGUUUAUCAGAAUGGUGGAAUCAAGAGAGUGAAUAUUUAAUUCAAAGAAUCGAAAAAUGGACUGGUUUUUCACGCGGAUAUAAUCGUUUAAAAACAAUUAAAUCAAUUGAUGAUGAUGAUUGUGAAAUUGAUGAAAAUUUAUAUUAUAAACGUAAAAAAAUAACAGAAAAAAAUAAAAUAAAUUGUUGUGGUAAAUUUAAUUAUCAAUCAAAUAAUAAUUUCGAUAAUACAUGUUUAGAAACAUACAGAUAUGAUCACAGUAUUUAUUUCAAAACAAUUGGUGAUAUAAAAAAUAGUAAAAAUAACAAUCAAAUUGAUGAUAAACAUGAUAAUAUUUCUAAUAAAACAAAAACAUUAUUAAAUAAUGAAGAAAACAUUGAAUGGAACAUAAAAAUGAAUGACAAUUAUUUAAAUUAUUGCUAUAAUAGUAAUGAUGAAAUUUUAAAUGAUAAUUAUAAUUAUUUAAAAAAUUAUAACAAUAAUAAUGAUGAUUUUCAAAAAUAUUUAAGAACGGUCUGGCCGAAUAUCAAUGAAUUUAUUGAGGAUGAAGCAAAUAAAGAUGAUGAUGAUAUUGAAAAUGAUAAUUCAAUUGAAUUUAAAAAUAAUACACAGCUUAAAAAUCAUGAUAAAAGUUUAUCAAGAUUUUUUAAAUCACGUAAAAUUAAUAAAUCACAAAAAUAUCAUAGUAAAGAAAUUAUUUCAUGGCCAAGUGUAAUAUUUAAUUACAAUAAUAAUAUGGAUCAAGAGUCAUCAAAAACAUCACCACAUCAACGAGAUUUUAAUAUUCAAUUAAAUCAUUAUUAAAUUUGUUUAUUUAUAUUUUUAAUCGAAAAAAUAAUGCAUCUUCCAAUGUAAUAUAUUAAUUAAAAAAAAUUAUAAUUUUUUAAUUUUAAAAAUUGUAAAAAUUAUUUUAAUUAUUUAAUAAUUCUGCACUGUGUAUUAAAUAAAAUUUGAUAUUUGUUUCUUUUUUUUUUUUUUCAUAAAUUACUGUUUUAAUUAAAAUAAAAAAUUAUAAUUAAUUAAUAACUUGGAGUUUUUUUAAAUUGUAAUAAUAAACGCAUGCGCCAAAUGUGUUUGAUAAAAAUAAAAAAAAAAAAUAGAAAUAAAAAAAGGCACACCAUUAAAUAUUAUACGCAGUUUCCAGGUUCAUAUGAGAAUCGAUUUUACUUGAGUUAUAAAUUGAGCAUAGUUCUGGGGUACACAAACGUCACAGUUUUAUCAUCAAAUAGAAAUCAUAUUAAUCGUAAUCGUCAUAAUCAUUUAAAUUUAUUAAAUAUGGGUAAACGUUUUGAGACAAUUGCUGCAAUGGCUUGUAUGACAACAUUAUUGAUGUUAUUUAAUUUUAUAUUUAUGUGCAGUGGAUUGGUGAUGUUAAUAUCUGGAAUUUACAUGAGAUUACGUCUUCAAGAUUAUGUUGAAAUAAGUACAGAAUCAAGUGGUGCUGCAUUACUUGGUAUAUCAUGUUUGGGUGCAUUUGUAACAUUGAUUGGUAUAUUUGCCUGUUGCUGUACAGCACGAGGUCAUCCUGCUUUAUUAUAUUUGUAUGGUGGAUUUUUGGUAUUGGUAGCACUAUUGGAACUUUGUGCUGGUGCAUCAGUUUAUGCAUACAGAACAUCUCUCAUUGAAAGUUUCGAUCAAGGUUUAAACAAGAGUAUGACACUCUAUGGUACUGAUCAAUCAACAAAAAUGCACAUUGACAUUAUGCAGUCACAGUUACAAUGCUGUGGUAAUCGUGCAUAUACAGAUUGGCGUGAUUUAACACCACCAAAAGAAAUACCAGCAUCAUGCUGUAAAGUUGCACUUGGUGAAUGUGAAGUUACUGAUAAUGAUGAUAUAUUUAUUGAAGGUUGCUAUCGUCGUGUUAUUGAUUUUAUAAGUAGCAAUGUUGGUAUGGUUGCUGCAACUGCAAUUGGUGUUGCAUUUUUUCCAUUAAUUGGUGUAUUUUUGGCAUGUUGUUUAGCAAGUCAUAUUAAUAAAGCGCGAUAUGAACAGGUAUCUUAAUUUAAAUUCAUGAUAUAUUGACGUUUUAAUUGUUUGAAAAAAAAAAUACCAGCAACUUCCAAUUUUAUUAUAAAUAUUCUGAGUGUUCACUGAUAAAUUGAUUUUUUCUAUGAUGGAAUGUUAAACUUUGCACUAAAUAUUUAAUGACAAAUAUAUAUCAACAUCUUGUAAAUUAAUAUUCUCAAUUUUCACCUGUUGAUUAGUUUUUUUUUCACAGGAUAUUUCAAAUAUUUAAAUGAUUCUUUUGAUAAAAAAAAAAUAUGAUAUAACAAUGUUUACAAACUACUUUACAUUAGCGAGUUUAAAAAAUAUAAAUUUAACAAAAAUUUAUUAUUAUUGUUUAAACACUGAUAAAUAUUUAAUAUUUAUAGUGUGAUUUAAAUAUAUUUUAUACUUGAAAUUGUCAAUUAUUUCCAGGCCAAAAUUAUUUGUGAUUAUUUCUUUUCUUAGCUAUGUAGUUUAUUAUUAAUCAUAAAUUUAAUGAUGUUGUAUGAAAACAUGAAACAAAUUUUUUAAAUCUAUGUAGCUUUAUUUAUUCAUUUGACACAAAAAAAAUGAAUAUAUUAAAUAUAUUAAAUGUGUCAUUAAAAUGAGCUUUGUAAAACUUAUUAUAUCCUGAGAAAAAUGUUUACUAUAAAUGUUUGAUGACUUGAUGACAAUGCAAGCAAUUAUAUUGAUUUAUUCGAAGUUUUUUUCUAUUGAUUAUUUGUAAAUUAAAAUAUUAAAUCAUGCUAAAAUGAAUUAAUAUUUUUUUUUGGAAUUGUUGGAUUUGGUAUACAUGUGGGUACUUCUAUCAAUGGAUUUUACAAUUUAUCAUUUAAAUAGUUGAUCAAUGGAAAAAUUCAAGCUCAAUGUCAAUAACUAAAAAUAACAAGUAUUGAUAAAAAGAAAAAAGACAAGAGUUAUUGAUUAUAUUUUAUAAGUUUGACUUAUUUACAUUUAAAAAUGCCCGAUGAGUCCAGGUAAAUUAUAGAACGAUGGUAUUUGCAUAACCAACUGCGCAAAGACAGGGUUGUUAAAUUACAAAAUUAAAAGUGAAAAAAAUAAUAGCACAUAUUGGUUUUCGUAAAUAUAUUUAAUAAUUUUAACUGUUUAGCUGAUGAGCUCGAUGAGACAUGUUUUGUAAUCACCAGAUGUAUCUAUUGCAACUACAUGUAAUCAAAGCAAAUUUAUUUUAAACAAAUUUUUUUAAAUUACAAAAUUAUUAUUUAUUUAUUUUUAUUUCAUUUACAAAAUUAGGAAUAAAUAAAGUGAUAUCACACAUUGAUUUUAGUGAAUAUAUAUUUGAGUUUUAAGUGUUUAGCUGAUGAGUUCGAUGAGACACUUUUUGUAAUCACCAGAUGUAUCCUCCUGUAAUCAAAUAAAAAUAGAGAAGGAAUUAAUACCAC